CUACGUCUUGCGUUUCUGUCAAAUAAUCAACGCCGGUGGACAAAAACUAUUAUUUUAAUGUAAUCUACAUUUAUGUCUUAAAUAAGCUAGAUAUAUCUUAGAAAUAGCAUAAACACGAUCUAAGUUAUAUUCGUGUUUACCAGAAAUAAAUAUGUAUAACCGUGUGUUAUGCUUACUUUUUGUAAGUUCCUUGGCUCUUAGUCAAGCAAAUAUCCUCCAAAGUACAGUUAAUGUGAAGAAACUGCAGGGGAUUUUAGAGGAAGGUUUAAAAAGUAAAGAUGUAGGCGCUCUUUACUUUGCCAUCAAAGGCUUAAAGCAAAUAAAUGCCAAAAUACCAGAAGUCUGUGAUGUAUUGAAAAGUUUAAAAUAUGAUAUUUCAAACUUGGAGCAAGUGUUUUAUGUAACAAAUGCAGCAGCACUGGCAAAUUGUUUGACCAUAUUGAACCCAGACCUCCUUGGCACUCCCACAAGGACUUUGGACAAGAAAGAUGCUACCCUACAAGAAAUAUACUAUGCAGUAUAUUCAUUGAAGGCUAUGGGCAAAGGCACCAUCAUGGACAAAGAGGACUCCCUGAAGAAUCUUAUACAGUUGUUAAAGAAAGAUGAUUCUCCAGCCAACUAUGGGUAUGUGUUUGCAUUGUGUGAGCACAUGGGUUGUGGCACAUGGACAGCUUCACAUGCUGAGGGUGUGCUACUAGCUGCUGACGAGACUGACGCCCGCGCGCUGCACUUUGAUGGAGGCCUUCCUGCCACUGCACUCGUACUUGGUAGCAUAGCAAGGACAUACAAAAGCCUUAAGAAAGCAUCACCACUGAGUGAGGAGCAGCGCUACAAGUUCAGUACCUACGUAUCGGGAAGGUCGGUGAGCACGCCGCGCGGCGCCGCACUGCUGCUUGAGGCCGCCACCGCACUCGCUGACGACGAGCCAUCUCCUAUCUGCAUAGUAAUCAAGGGCAAGAAAUACGUAACUUCCGAGUCAGACUCUGUUGAGUUUUCGAUCACUGACCUCAUUGGUCGUCCAGUCCGCGGUCUGAAGCCCGAGGAAGUCGUCGCCCAGUCCGCCACACGUCUCGCUGACGAUGUAGUGGUGUUGUCCAAACAACCAUUAACACAGAAAGCCAAUGAACCGACAACCUUUGUACUUAACCUCGGCAAGAUCAAGGCACAAUACGGUCUUUAUAAGAUAUCUCUUAGCGCUGGAUCUAAGACGGCCAAUCUGAAUGUAGCUGUUCUCGGUGAGAUUCAAGUCAGUAGCCUGGAGGUGGGCAUUGGUGAUGUUGAUGGUACAACCAGUCCGAAGAUUACCACAAUCACACACCCCAACAAGCUGACUGAGGUGCUCCAAGCUGAUCACUUGCAGAAAGUAAGCUUGAAGUUCAGCGUGCGCGAUAAGUACAACAACCCAGUGUCGGUGCAGCAGGCCUUCGUGCGCGUCGCCCCCGCCGCCGCGGCACCCGCAGACCUGGAGGCUAUCUACGUAGCUGAGCCCAGCGCUAAGACCUACAAGGUCGAGCUGCUGCUCUUCCACCUCGCAUUAGGAGGUUCCCUGUGCCUGUACGUGUUGCUGUGGCUGCAGCUGUCGAUGUUCGCGACGCUGCGCUACCUGGCGCCGCUCGCGCUGCUCACCUUCCUCGCCGGACAGCGGCUGCUGCGCAGACUCGCGCAAGACAAGACGCGCUAACUGACACACACUCUUAUAAAUAUAAAUAUUUACUAGUUUGAAUGCACAUCUACAAUAUAUAUGUAUUUUCAAUAGUUUAAAUCUCCAAAUAUAAUUUGUUUAAUGCUGAAAUGUAAGAAUUUUACGUUCGAAUUUGCACGAAGUCCUUGUUUGUUUUAUUUAUAAAUUGUGUUGUGUCAGAUGUGAGGUGUAGAGAAUUUUCCUAUUAAAUAGUGUCUUAUUUGUGAAAAUUGUUACAUUUAUUUUGGUGUCAAUGUCGUUGAGAAUUGGAAAACCUUAAAGUAAUGUUUGUAACUGCAAUGUCAUUUUAAGGUUAUGUAUGUAUGUUUGUCUAAAGUAAGCCAAUACUAAAUUUGAACAGCGCAAAUAUCAAAAAAAUAUCCAUUAUUAAGAUUGGUAUGUCCUAGAAUUAUAAUUUAAUGAAUAAAAGUGAUUUUGUUAUA